AUGCAUUGUCGACGUCAGGCUGACCUUUGUUUUAACUGCGACGAAAAGUUCGCCCCCACCCAACGGUGUGCCAAACCUUGGCUAAUGAUGUUGCUGGAUGAGGAAGACGACGAUACUUCCGAUGAUGUCAAGGUUUUGCUCAAAGCGAUAACAUGCCAAAUAGGAAGCCAGACUAUGCGCGUUUGGGCCUCAGUGGGCCACAGUAAGCUUAUCAUCCUUAUUGACAGUGGGUCGACUCACAACUUCAUCAGCACGAAGGCUGCCGAUGCUCUCCAUCUGCCUGGUUUGCCCAUUUCACCUUCCAACAUCAAAAUUACGGAUGGAGCUCCAUUGCAAUGCAAGGGCAAACACGAAGAUGUUCUUCUCAAAAUCGAAGGCACAAAAUUUCCCGUCACUCUAUUCGUCGUUCCGCUUGCUGGGUUAGACAUUAUUCUCGGAAUUCAAUGGCUGGAAACAUUGGGGACUCAGAGAAACUAG